GAACGGCGCGUAGUUUUUAAAACAGCAAAAAUAUUUUCGGGUGAAGUUACGUGUCAAUAAAUUAUUAACAUUAAAACAAUCAAAAACAAUGGUUGCUGCAAAAAAGAAUGCUGACCAUCCACUGUUUAUAGAAAUGAUAUCAGCUGCUAUAACAGCACUUAAGGAGAGAAAAGGAAGUUCCAGACAAGCUAUUGUUAAAUACAUUAAGGCUAACUACAAGGUUGGAGAUAAUGUUGAAACCGUUGUUAAAAUGACUCUUAAGCGUAAUAUUGGUGGUCGUCUUGUUCAAACAAAAGGAACAGGCGCGUCAGGUUCUUUCAAGCUUUCUGCUCCUGUUGCUAAGAAGCCUGCUGCUAAGAAGACUACUGCAAAGAAGCCAGCAGCAAAGAAACCGGCAGCAAAAAAAGCUGUUGCGAAAAAGCCAUCUGCUAAAAGAACACCAAAGAAAACAACUACGAAAAGAACAACUACGAAAAAAACAGCUGGUAAAAAGAAGACUCCGAAGAAGGCAACGAAGACUCCAACAAAAAAAUCUCCUGCCAAGAAGGCUGUAAAAAAAAGUAAGGCAAAGAAAACCCCCACUAAGAAAUCUAAGAAAUAAACUAGCUAGUUGAUGCUUGCCUGGUUUGUCUAUAUGUAGUGAAAAAUAUUUUAUAUAAAGCUAUUUCCAUUAUCCUAGGGAUUGUAAAUAUAUAACUUUGUUUUAAAAUUAUUUAAUAUUUUAGCCAGAUUUUUCAUUAUUUUACUUUUGCGUAUGUAUGUCAAGUGUGAGUAAUGUAAUAUGUCAAAGGAUGUAAUGUGUAUAUUGCUACGAACCCUUUUAGCAAAUUUUGAUCAGACAUUUUAAAAAGUCUGUUAAAAACAGGAGUUGUAACAGUUACUUAUUAUUAUUAACCAUAACAACAA